GGUCGCCUCCCGCAGGAAAGUGCCCCUUCUGGUGUCUGGCACCGGAAUUAAACAGCCACCAUGUCGAGCAAAAAAGCAAAGACCAAGACCACCAAGAAGCGCCCUCAGCGCGCAACAUCCAACGUGUUUGCCAUGUUUGACCAGUCACAGAUUCAGGAGUUCAAAGAGGCCUUCAACAUGAUUGAUCAGAACAGAGAUGGCUUCAUCGACAAGGAAGAUUUGCAUGAUAUGCUUGCUUCUCUAGGGAAGAAUCCCACUGACGCAUACCUGGAUGCCAUGAUGAAUGAGGCCCCGGGGCCCAUCAAUUUCACCAUGUUUCUCACCAUGUUUGGUGAGAAGUUGAAUGGCACAGAUCCCGAAGAUGUCAUCAGAAAUGCUUUCGCUUGCUUUGAUGAAGAAGCAACUGGCACCAUCCAGGAGGAUUACCUGAGAGAGCUGCUGACAACCAUGGGAGAUCGGUUUACAGAUGAGGAAGUGGAUGAGCUGUACAGAGAAGCACCUAUUGACAAAAAGGGGAAUUUCAAUUACAUUGAGUUCACCCGCAUCCUUAAACAUGGAGCAAAAGACAAGGAUGACUGAAAGGACUUCAGCUAAAACCUUCCAAUUAUGUUUUCUUACUCUAUUUUAUUUCCCAGAUACUUCCCACCUUCACAAAACCUGUUGCAUGCAGUUUAGUUUCACAGCUUUACCUUUUUUUUUUUUUUUUUUGAUGUUUUUAUUCUAGACCUUCCUGCCACUUAGCACUUGUAUAAUCAGACUGGAAAUAGAGAUGAGGUUAUGAAUUGUAUUGAAAAGAGAUUGCGAAUAAAAUCAACAAAUGUGAAAGCCCAGGAAAAUAUACCCGUAUUUCUGAUUCAGCUGGAUUUUUACAUUUUUAUAUAAUAAAAGUACUAUUUGAAAUAAAGAUUAUGCUGACUCAAAUAGAAUAUAAUGGCAAGUUAAACAAAUGAGUGGUAGUUACGAUUAGUCCUUUUUUCAGGUUUUCAGCUUCACAUAAUACAUUUUUGGAAACUGAUUUUUCACAUAUAUGGGACAGUGUUCUUCAGAACUUUUAAGUACACUUUAACAUAGUUAUGCAGUAAACUAGUUAUGCCUUUGUUUUUUUCAGGCUUUGGGUAAGUCAUGUUUAAACUAUUAAAUGAUAAAUACAGAAUGUAUCUGGGAAAACAUUAAGCAUUUUAUUGAUCUAAGAUUUUAAGAAGUUGAGGCAAAAUUCUGAAGAAAAGAAUAGUUAUUUACUGUGUGUGGAACAUUGCACAUAUACAACUUUCAUUGAAUUCUCCAACAACCUUAUGAGAUAGAUUUUUUAUUAGCCCUGUAUUUCAAGUGGGGAGACUGAGUUCAGAGUAGUUGAGUAAUUGAUCAGUCACUAUUAGUGAGAGUUGCAAUUCCAACCUAGGGCAUAUAACUUCAGAGCUUAUAGUACUGGAACCACAGUGCUGUCUCUAUGAAAGCCCCAAAUGCCUGAGUCAAGACAUUUCCAUUAUGUUACAAUUCUGUAGUCAUUACUGAAAUUUAAACUAAUAUUGGGGUAAUUGAUUAUUUGAACACAAUUUCAGAAAAUUCUAUCCCAGGUGGAAAAAAAAGAUGAUUAAAAGCAAUGCUAUUGUAUAUUUGAUGGCAGUUCAUGUAGUAUAGACUAGGAAAGGACUGAAAGACAUAGACAAGGCUGCUAUGAGCUCAUUUUAAAUCCUUGAGGCCAAGCAAUAUGAGUAAGAGGAAAAUCUAAAAAAGGAAAAAAAUUUAUUAAAAAAAUUUCCCCAAAUUAUUCAAUAUCUGUCCUCCUAAAAGUGCUGUAUUUCUAUUUUAUCUGCUUAAAAUCGGUGCAUUUAUCUAUUGUUUAACAUUCAUGCUUUACAGCUUGGUGCAGUAGGCUAAUCUGUUUACUUGCUGUAGUAAUUUGGGCUUUUUAUCAUCUCUGAAAUGAGGGAGCAGUUCAACUCUUGUGGUCUAGUGCAGUGUUUUGCAGUUCAUAACAAACUUUCACAUUUAUUACCUAAUCCUCAUGGCCCAUGAAGUAUUAGUCCUACUUUUUAUUGAUAGAGCUGAAGGUUUUAGAAAAACUGAAGCUCCUGUGCAAGGCCCAACAAGUACAAAGAAUCUACAUCUGGUUCCCUUUUCCACUUAGAAGCUAAGGUCACCAUGAAGUAUCACAGAACCAGAUGGAGAAUUGCUGUAUAUUUAAGGAAUGGGAAAAAAUGUAUAGUGGGGAAAUCUUGAUCAUCAUUAAACCACUACUUAUCAAUCACCUAUUUUGUGCCAGGUACAGUCUAAAUGUUGAGGACCACUGGGGGGCAGGACAGACGUGGAUGCUGUCCUCAUGGACUCACAUUGUCUAGCAAGAGACACAGAUCAGACAGAUACUAUUUGGAGAACCGAACACCCGUGCAGAAGGUGGUCAGGGAAGGCCCCUCAAAGAUGUUCAGCUGAGAUCUGAAUGACAAGAGGGGUUCCCAUGUGAAGAUCAGGGUGAAGCUGUCUGCUCAGGACAGCUCCUCCAAGGCAUGCAUGGCAGGGGCAUUGGGGGAGCAGGAGGACGGUAUCAACAUGAGGAUGGUAUUUACUAAGGAGUCUAAGUGUGAAAUCCCAGGGCUUCAGGCAGGGAAGAAAUGUGACUUAUGUUUUCAAAAACUCAGAGUUGCUGUGUAUGGAAUGGAGAGGCAGGAGUGUGGAAGCAAGACCAGUCACUGCUGACCAGACAAGACGAGGGCAGCGUGGACCUGGGUCACGGGAGAUGGCUAUGAAAUGCCUACCGUCCAGCCCUGCUGUGUCACCAUCCCAGGCAUGGUUGUAACUGCAUUUGUCUCAUUGCUCUGCUUAAAGCCAGAUUUGAAAAAUUGGGAGGAAAAAGUUUUCAAGAUUAAAAACAAAAAGAACUUAGCUGUUUCUUGAAUGCCUCAUGUUUACCUGACAUAUUCCAUUCUCUUUCAUCUGUGUUAUCCAUAAAGAUCUUUGAAAAAUACAGUACUGUAUGGCACCUAGGCCAAGACAUUGUGCCUCUUUAGUGUCCAAUAAAUACUAGUAAUGAUAAUGAAAA